AAACAAGCAAAUGAGCGCCAACUUAUACCGUGUCCUGCCUUAAAGAAAAAACCCUCGUUUGAGCAAAUUGCUCUAGCGAACUCCUCACGUUCACUCCCUGGCAGAAUUAAAAUUGACUCUUCUAUCGAUUCUCUAAAAUGAUGGAAACGAAGAUCAUGAAAGUGUCAGGCCGAGAACCUUCUGAUAUCAUAAGCAACCUUCCUCGCGAUGUAAUUAAGUUCAUUUUGACGUGUUUGCCUCUGCGAGAUGCUGUUAGGACCAGUAUCUUGUCGAGGAAAUGGAGGUAUAACUGGACCAAAGUUCCAAAAUUAACGCUUGAUAGCAGACUGUGGAAAAAAACCAAGCAGAAUAUAUCCAACCCUAGAGUUAAGUUUGCAGUGAUUCUCUUUCAGCUCUUGUCACUUCAUCAAGGACCAAUUACUGAGUGUAGAGUCUCCAUUUCUGAUCUGAAAGACUGCCCUGAAAUUGACAACUUGAUAUUUUUUCUGUCAAGGAAUGGGGUCGAGCAUCUCGAUUUUGAAUUUCCGAAGGGUGAAAAGUACAAAUUGCCCUCUUCAGUUUUCACAUGUUCACACAUGAGGCAUUUGACUCUUAAAUAUUGUUUGAUCAAUCUUCCACCUGCAUUUGAAGCAUUUAGUAGGCUUCUUAUCCUGGAAUUGUAUAAAGUCACUAUUUCUGACAAAUCUCUUGAGAAUUUAAUAUCCUUUUGCCCAAAGCUCGAGCAUGUGGAGCUCGAAAUCUCAGUCCCUUUGAACUCUAUUGAAGUUAAUGCUCCUCAACUAAGAUCCUUCUACUUCGGGACCAAAAUAAAUUCUGUAUGUUUCAAGAAUACCCCUCUUCUUGAUUAUGUUGAUAUUGUGAUGCAAGAUGUAAAUAAUGGUUCUGUGGAGAGAGGAAAAUGUAAUUUUGUGGAGUUUUUUGGUUCUUUGCCUGCUCUUAAGGAUCUCAACUUGGAUUAUUUUAUUAUCAAGACACUAAUUGCAGGAAUAGAUGAAAUCCCGGUGAGGCUUCCCAUGCUUCUUCUCUGUCUUAGACAGCUUUACCUAUGCGAGAUUCGUAUAAGCGAGUUAGAUGAUAUCCGCUGUCUUUUUUGCUUGAUUAGAAGCUCCCCAUAUUUGGAAGAAAUUGGAAUGGAGGCAUUUAAUGACAAAGGAGAUGAACUUCCUGUUCUUGAAUUUUUGGAAGCUGAAUAUCAUUCAGACAUGAAGUUGAAUCAGCUUACCAAAGUUAGCUUGAAAGAAAUUAGUGGCACAAAGCCUGAGAUGGAACUGAUCAAGCUUCUCUUGGCCAAGUCUCUGAAGUUGGAGACUAUGCUAAUUGAGCCUUGCAUAGAACCUGAAUCUCCUCAAACAUUAGUUGAGAUACUGAAACAGGUUAAUGAAUUUCAGAGGGCAUCACCUAAAACAAAAGUCAAAUUUGUAGACAGAGAAGUCUAAUGCAUCACCAGAAAGAGCUAUACACAUUCACUAUGCAAUAUGUUAUGAUAAAGAUAUGGGAAAAGACUCCAAAAUUUGACUGCUAGAGAGGAGGCAGGCGUUCACUGAAGUUGUUCCCACAUCAAGUUCUUAUUAAUCUUUGUCCGUGUUAUUUCUAUUGUCUAUAGGCAUUUCGCCUCCGGACUCACUAGCCCGACUAAUUUGGUUUCGUAUCGGGCAAGCUCACAAAAGGGUCAAGCAUUCCCUACUAAGAGAUUAGAAUCUGAGAUCUCUUGUCAAGAUGGAGGGAUCCCGACCUCUCACCACACUACUUUUAGUGGUUUUGUCAGCUUCAAUUUUUUCUCUAGCUCAAAUUUCUAUCAUAGACAGAAUUUUCAGGCAAUAUUUCUUGCCAAAUUUUACUCAGUUUUGCCUGCAUUAUUUAUGCUAUAUUGCUUAUCCAUUCAGGCAUC